AUGCAACGUAAAAGGAAAUUAAUUCAAGAUCAGUCGAAUCUGCGAUUGAAGAUAAAAGAUAAGGAUCUCGAUUUGAGAAAUGGGUAUAAAAUUGCAGGAAAAGUGAAUAAUGAAAUUCGGGAACGAGCGAAUUGUUUCGACAAAUACUACAACAGCUUGCGACCUCGAAUGGAUAACGAAUGUGGAAAUCAGGCAGAGAAAAACGUGGAACAUCCAACUUUGCCGGGAAAAAUAGUGAAUUGUCGAAACCUCUGGUUUCGUGAAUUUUGGCAGCAGCAUCACAGGUGCACUUUUGGGCCAAAAAAAGAUGGCAAGCCUCAAUGCACUGGAAGGGAAAAGUUAAAAAAUUACGAGCAAGAAGGAUUAGUCCCUUUCGUUGUGGAUGCUGUUUAUGCAAUGGCUCAUGGGAUUCACAAUCUCAUCGAGGACGUGUGUGUCGAAACCUACGAAACCGAGCAUUAUUUAUGUGACAGUUUGAAACCUGCACCCCGAGGGCAACAACUUUUGCAGUACAUCCGCAAUGUCACUUUCGUGGGUCGCCAGGAAACAGAAAUUAGAUUUAAUGCCGAUGGUGAUGCCUACGGAUUUUAUAACAUUUAUCAAUAUCAACGAAGCGAGGAUGGACGGUUCAAUUAUACUCUCAUUGGUACAUGGAAAGAAGUAUUGGACUUCGAUGUCAAGAUGACCCAAUGGACGACGGGAGCUGGAGAGGCUCAUAUUCCACGGAGUACUUGCAGCGAAGAUUGCCCCUUGGGACACGUCCGCAAUUUUCAAGAAGCCUGUUGCUGGAGUUGUGUUCAGUGCCCUCAGGAGGCCUAUGUUUUCAACGACUUGUGUCAGAGAUGUGCUGACGGUUAUGCUCCCAAUGAAAACAAAACGAGUUGCAUAAAACUCACCCCUGAAGUCAUCCCCUGGACUAGCCCCUGGGCUAUAGUGCCUCUCGCAUAUGCUUCCAUUGGAAUCUUCAGCACUCUUUUCACAACUGCAGUUUUCAUCCGGUACAACAGAACUCCAGUAAUCAUGGCCUCUGGUCGUGAACUAUGUUACGUGCUUUUGGUUGGAAUCCUUUCCUGCUAUGGAAUGAGCUUCGUAAUACUGAGCAAACCAACUUUCUGGAAUUGCACCUACUUGCGAAUAGGACUGGGUCUGUGUUUAAGCAUCUGCUACAGCGCAAUUCUCACAAAAACGAACCGAAUUUCGAGGAUCUUUAACGAGGGUCGUAGGAUGAAGAGACCUUCCUUCACUUCCCCCAAAAGCCAGGUGGCUAUCACUAUCGGGCUCACGGCAGUUCAGCUUGUUGGUGCUAUAUUUUGGCUGAUAAUCGAACCACCAGACAUAAAGGAGAUCCAUCCUUAUCCCCUAACAGCAGUCCUGACCUGCAGGGUAUCAACUUUUUCACUCAUGAUGUCCCUCGUCUACAACAUGUUUCUCAUCCUCAUGUGCACUCUUUACGCCUUCAAGACCCGGAAGAUCCCGGAAAACUUCAACGAGGCCAAGUACAUCGGAUUCACUAUGUACUCUACUUGUAUUGUCUGGUUGGCUUUUGUCCCCAUCUAUUUCGGAACCAACAACGACUACAAGAUAGCGAGUAUGUGUAUGUGCAUCAACAUUUCAGCGACAGUAGCCCUAGGCUGUCUCUUAUCUCCCAAAGUGUACCUCGUUCUCUUCCAGCCUUACAAGAACGUCAGGUCCGGUCAAUCCCAUACAAGUGGUACUCAGGGUACCCAGCGUCCAGCCUACAGUAUGCGGUUUACAGCAACCCGUAGUCAGACAAUGGUGAGCGUGACGUCGGGUUCUCGGAGUAGCCCACCCCCGACGCUACCGCGAGUGGGCUCACGCAGUGGAGGUGGAGGCGGAGGUGAACCGAAGCAUGCGAAUGGGGAGCCUCAACAGAGCCUAGCCGCAAGCCCUUCCGUGGAGGAAACCUCCAUCAGCUAG